CACACCCGCACACUCAUUUACUCAUUCACUCACUCACGCCAUGACGGCCGUACGGCGGCUCAUGAAAGAGUACCAAGACCUCACAACCAACCCACCAGACGGCAUCACAGCAGGUCCCAUCUCAGAGGACAAUUUCUAUCUCUGGGAAGCCCUCCUCGCCGGGCCCGAUGACUCACCUUUUGAAGGCGGCUUGUUUCCUGCCAUCCUCAAAUUCCCCAAAGACUACCCACUCUCUCCGCCGACCAUGACAUUUCAAUGCGCCUUAUUUCAUCCCAACAUUUAUCCGUCUGGCGAUGUCUGCAUCUCCAUCUUGCAUGCACCGGGUGAUGAUCAAUUUGGCUACGAAAAGGCAAGUGAGCGGUGGAGUCCCGUCCAGAGCGUUGAGAAGGUCCUACUGAGUGUCAUGAGUAUGCUGGCUGAACCCAAUGACGAGUCACCGGCGAAUAUCGACGCGGCCAAGAUGUGGCGAGACGAUAACAAGCAGUAUGUCCGGGUGGUGCGCAAGAAUGUGCGGGAUGUGCUUGGGUUGUAGGAGCAGGGCUCUUUAUGUGUCUGUACAGACUAUACUACUAAUGAAUAUGCAAUCAAGCUAUGUACAAUCCCAGCGCAUCGUCCUGCUCAGUCGUGUCGCGGUGUCCAAGCGAAUUUGAUAUUUUCCAAGUGCAGACAAGCAGCGACCUACACUUCCUCAAGUCUACCUUCAUAGCCAUGGUCCAGGGAGCAGGCAAGCUCAAGACAACAGCAGCAUCCGGUGGCCGCUCAAAGGCGCCCGUCAAACGCGGUACGCGUGUCAUUCCACCAAAGAAGCAAGGCGCCGUGCAGACCAAAACCCGCGUUGCCAAGUACUCGCAGUCGCAGAAUGGCAAGAUGGAACACAAGCUUGCCUCGCUGGCUGGCAAUGCCGGUGCAAAGCUCAAGAU